AUGGGUUUCCGUGAUCAUGUUCACCCGGACUACAUCUGUCUUCUAAAAAAAUCAUUAUACGGCCUCAAACAGGCUCCUCGAGCGUGGUACCAACGAUUUGCUGACUAUGUCUCCACCAUAGGCUUUCAUCACAGCAAAAUCGACCAUUCCUUAUUCAUCUACCGCAAAGGCACGGACAUGGCAUACAUUCUUCUAUAUGUCGAUGACAUCAUUCUCACCACAUCCACUGAUGAUCUUCGGAAAUCCAUCAUGAUGCUCCUUGCUUCAGAAUUUUCCAUGAAGGAUUUGGGCCCUCUUAGCUAUUUUCUAGGCAUUGUAGUAACCAGACAUAUAGGUGGUAUCUUUCUUUGUCAGAAAAAUUAUGCAGCAGAGAUCAUUGAUCAGGCCGACAUGUCAGCUUGCAAAUCGUCUUCCACACCUGUUGACACCAAACAAAAACUCAGUGUCUCAUCAGGUGUUCCGCUUGAGGACCCCACUCAUUAUCGGAGCCUUGCAGGUGCUUUGCAGUAUCUCACAUUCACUCGACCAGAUAUUUCAUAUGUUGUCCAGCAGAUAUGCCUCCACAUGCAUGCUUCGAAAAUAGAACAUAUGAAUGCUCUAAAACGCAUUCUGCGUUACCUACAAGGCACUCUGCAUUUCGGCUUACAUUUGUACCCUUCAUCCAUCUCUAGUCUUACUUCCUACACUGAUGCGGAUUGGGGUGGUUGUCCUGACACAAGGCGCUCAACAUCUGGUUAUCGUGUCUUUCUUGGUGAUAAUCUUAUCUCGUGGUCAUCUAAACGACAACCUACUCUCUCCCGUUCUAGUGCUGAAGCUGAAUAUAGAGGGGUACAUGUUAGAUUCGAAAUCUUCUCCUGGAACUACAUUUUCUGA